AUGGCUGAAUAUAUUGAUAUGGAUGUAGAUGAUGUUUUAUCUUUUGAAGCUAGAUCAGGUAGUACUAGUAUGGGACUCCCAUUAAUUAUCGAAUCAUUUUUAGCGAGUUGUUCUGCAUUAACUGGAAUUGUUAUAUUGCAUACUGAAAAAACAAAUUCAUAUUGUAAAGCAUAUGCACUUCAAUCAAUCUUCUUAUUCGCUGUUUUUUUUAUAGUUUCAUUACCAUUUUUAAUUUUAUGUCUUGCUGUUGGUCAUGCAUUCCAAACAGUAUAUUUACUUCUUCUUUUCAGUUAUAUUGUAAUCAAAUUAUUCUUUGUUGUAAUGGCUGUACUAAGAUCAAAGUCUGAAUCAUUUAUCGGUAUUCCUGGUCUUGCUACAUGGAUUUAUUCAACUGCUGCUCGUUAUUAA